AUUAAAUAAAUAUUUUUAGUCACCAUUGACAAAUACGCUGUCUUAGUAUAUUAAACUCCAACCCAUUUAAUCAUCUAAUAAUAUAAGCGAUGCAGGCUCAAAUGGUGGCUGCACGGGCGAUUGAGCAGUUUUGCAAAAUGGAGUUUUCAAACAUGACAUUAGAGCAGUGUUGGGAUAUCUGCUAUGAUCGCAAUCUAAGUCGUGAGGAACUCGUAUCUGGUGAAAUUCUAGACUCAAAGAUUACCAAAAUGGACGCGUGCGCGCGAAAAUGUGUUGCACGAAACUUUGAAGUGAUGAAGUUGAUUAUGGAAAGUCGUGAAAAGCGUGACAAGGAGGCACUUCAGGCCAUGGGGGGUUGAACUUGAAUGGUUUAAGUGCAAUCUAAAGCAGAACAAAAAAAAGAAGUUAAACACAUCGUACAACGAAGGCGGACUCUGGUAACCCCACACUAGCAUUAGGUUCAUGAGUAUAAGCGAUACUUGAUUGGGCGCUAAAUAGAAGGAGCAAUAACUUUUCUUUUUUCUCAUGAUUUCGUACCUCUGCUGAUGUUGUGGGCUCCUUUUUUUUCAAGAUGCUUUGGUGAAUCUUCCGUAAUCUUACGCAUAAA